UUUUGUAUUUGUCUGCAUCGUAUCGCGGCCGACAAUUAUCUAAGUACGUUCUACAAUACAGUCGACAUCCUCCACACCGUCAGUAAAAGGCCAAAAGUAAGUAAGUGGAAGCAAGCUAGUAUUUCUGUUUUUAUUGCGACCCAGCAUACACAACAGCUUUAAAACUAAACUUUCAACAAGUGUCAAUACAACUCUAGUGUCAUUUUUGCCUGCAUGAUGGACCACAGUGUAAACAUUGCAAUUUACUCCAGUUUACGGUUGACAUUUUGAGAAGAAUAACGAGUUAAUUAAUUAGUUAGCUUGACAGUAAAUAUUAUGAGACACAAAAUACAAAUAUGGCCAGUCCCGAAGGCAGUGUGACUGUUUCUAACGUCUCAGAUGUUGAAGAAAAUAAUCAAGGACGUGACAACAGCACCGAGGAUGAAAGACUCGUUAAAUCAAGACCCAGGAAUAAUUUUCCGUCUUAUUUAAACGAAAGUGUUGACGUCAGAUUCAGGGGCAUCAGCUCCAGCAGGAAUGACACUGUGUUUAACAAUUUAAUUGAAAAUGUGUCAACUCGUCAAUUCAAUCGACUCAACAAUGCGGAAUUCCAACCAGGAGCGACGAAUUUCUUAUCUGCGAAUUACGAGAGCUUGGAUUAUGACACGUGUGAAAAUAGUUUGCUGCAAGAUGAAGAAAGGAAAAAAGGCUACAAGUUUGUGGUGAAGAAAAACUUUGCAAGGUGGUUUAUAUUUUUACUGAUUGGAAUUUUGACAGCUUCGAUAGCUUGCUUUGUCGAUAUUUCUAUUGAAGAAUUAUCGAAUUUAAAGUAUGGAGUCUUGAAACACUAUGUUGAUAGUUGUGUAUCACAAAACUGCCUAUGGAAGCCAUACCUCAUCUGGUUGGUGAUAAACACCGUGAUAGUUUUAAUUGGCUCCCUCCUGGUGACUUACGUUGAACCAGUAGCAGCUGGCAGCGGAAUUCCGCAGGUAAAAUGCUACCUAAACGGCGUCAAAGUCCCCAGAGUUGUCAGGAUAAAAACGCUGGCUGUAAAAUCCCUCGGAGUGAUCAGUACCGUGGUUGGAGGGCUUGCUGGUGGAAAAGAAGGUCCGAUGAUCCACUCAGGAGCAGUUGUAGCCGCUGGAAUUUCCCAAGGCAAGAGUACGACCUUCAAAAAGGACUUCAAAGUCUUCCAGUACUUUCGGGAAGAUCAUGAGAAGAGAGAUUUUGUGGCUGGCGGAGCUGCAGCUGGAGUUUCUGCAGCUUUUGGAGCUCCCAUUGGUGGAGUUUUAUUCAGUAUUGAAGAAGGAACUAGUUUCUUCAACCAAAGUCUAACAUGGCGAACCUUUUUCGCCAGCAUGAUAUCUACUUUUACUUUAAAUAUCAUCCUCAGCGCUUAUCACGGUCAUCCUGGAGAGCUCUCGUACCCAGGACUGCUCAAUUUAGGAAAAUUUGAAACAAUAAACUACCAAGUUUAUGAAAUUCCAUUAUUUAUGAUCGUCGGAGUCUUCGGAGGGCUCAACGGCGCAUUUUGGAAUUAUAUUAACUACAAAAUAACUGUGUUUAGGCAGAAGUACAUUCGCAGAAGAUGGUUGAAGGUUGUGGAAGCCAUUUCAGUUUCUGUUCUGGCUGCUACGGUCGGCUCGCUGAUGAUUUAUUUUCUCAACGACUGCAAGCCUUUGGGGAAAGACCCUACUAAGUACCCGGUCCAGAUGUUCUGCAAGGAAGGAGAGUACAGUGCUGUUGCUGCUCUUUGGUUUCAAACUCCUGAAAGCACUGUACGGUCUCUGUUUCAUGAUCCCAUAGGCUCACAUAAUGACGGAACUCUCGCUAUGUUUGUGUUCCUCUACUUUAUUUUAGCUGUUCUAACCUUUGGCCUUUCAAUGUCUGCUGGACUGUUCAUACCUCACCUGCUAAUUGGAUCCGCUUGGGGUAGAUUAAUGGGAUCUGGACUUACUAAACUAUUCCCUGACUCUGGAUUAUUUGAGCCUGGAAAAUACGCACUACUGGGAGCUGCUAGUCAGCUGGGAGGCGUUGUCAGGAUGACGAUAAGUCUCACUACAAUUUUAAUAGAAGCUACUCAGGGAAUUUCGUUCGGUCUUCCAGUGAUUAUUGUAUUGAUGAUGGCCAAGUGGGUUGGAGACUUUUUUACAGAGGGCAUAUACGACAUACACACACAAAUGGCUGGUGUGCCAUUACUUCCGUGGGAAGCACCGCCUUUAUCUAACAACAUUUACGUCAGCGAGAUAAUGAGUCACCCGGUUGUUACUUUAAAAACAACUGAAAAUGUUGGGCAUAUUGUUGCUUUGUUAAAAUGCGUUAAAUUCAAUGGAUUUCCUGUUGUAGAUCCUCCCACCGGUGAUCAGAAUGAAGUAAAUUGCUACGGAAGAUUCCGUGGUCUAAUUCUUCGGUCACAAUUGAUAGUUUUAAUCCAAAACAAAAUAUUCAACGAGUACUGCGAGUUUUGGGAGACGAAUUUUUCAUUAAAAAUAUUCCGCGAUGCAUAUCCAAGAUACCCGAGCAUUGAAGAAGUAAACAUAACAGAGGAAGAAAAGACAUACUCAAUAGAUUUAAGACCUUUUAUGAACCCCUCACCUUACACUCUUCAACACUCGACAACUCUUCCAAGAGCAUUUAGACUAUUCCGUGGACUGGGACUAAGACACUUGCCGGUGGUGAACGACGAGCAUGAGGUAAUUGGGAUGAUCACCCGAAAAGACGUCGCCAGAUACCGGAUUUGGAGGCACCAAGGCCGAAUGGGUCUUGACGAGCUCCGAAUCACCGACAAAAUAUGACAAUAAUUUACUAGCUUGAAUUUUAUACCUAGAAAAUUGUUAUAUUUAAUUUAAUUUUAUAAAUAAUUAUUUAUAAAA